GCAGAGCGGCGCGCGCAGGAACAUACCAAAACGGAGGCGCAUAGUGCCGGACCGUGCGAACAGCGCUCUGUUUGCAGUGUGUAGGCUGGCUUGCGGAUCGCUCUCCCGUUUGCUCCAUCCUCCUGUCUUGUUCGCGCGCGUGAUCGUGCGUGUGUGCUUGGUGUGUGCGUCUACUACUUGUGUGCUCGCCGUGUGUAUGCUCGCCACUGCCGGGGAAUAACGCCGACAGGCCCACGCCAGACUCCCAUUUACUCACCCCCCAUACAGCACCACUGCGGCACUAUGGAUUUACUUCAGACCGUCCUGGUGGCCUUUCUGCUCGUCGUAACAGAAUGCAGCGGCGAGCUGUUCCUUCAGCCAGCCAAGACCGAAGUGAGCACGUUCACGCGGGAAAACUUCUUCGUGACGUGCCUGGGUGGCUCUGGUACCGACCAGCAGUCUCUGACAUGGACGGGCCCAGACAGCCGCCGCAUCACCGAACUCAGCGGAAGGAUCCACAUUGAACCGCCUCUACCUGGCCAGUCUGGCCUGAAGCUCGUCGUGGAAGAGGCCUGGGAAUCCGACAAGGGCACUUACACCUGCUCUGCGCCGGCGCAGGGCGACGAAAUCUCCUUCAACCUUAUCGUCUACCGAGCGAUCACCUUCGAAGGCACACCUCAGCUUCAGCAAGGCACCGAGGGCGAAGACUUCACGCUCCAGUGCAGCGCCCAAGCCGAGCAGAAGCCUGUCGUCUCCUGGACCAGGGACUCCAAGUCCAUCAUAAACAACAAAAAGUACCAGAUGGAAGGCCAGUCUCUGCUCAUCCGCAACCUUUCUCGGCACGAUGCCGGUAACUACACAUGCAGCGCCUUCUUGGCCACCUCGCACCUCUCCUCAGUCAAGUCCAUAGUGGUGACGCUGCAAGUCAACUAUCCUGCCGAGUGGAAGCAGCCCAUCCAGGACGCGGCCUACUCCAGCGUCGGAGCCAUGGCCGUGCUGCACUGUGAGGCUGGAGGCAUGCCCGAGCCCAGCGUCAACUGGUUCCGCGACGACCAGCUCCUGGAGCCUGACGAGCGCCGGCAGAUCGUCGGCGACACAGGCGCAAGCACGCUCAAGAUCAAGGUGACUGAUGUGGCUGACUUCGGGGAGUACAUGUGCCGAGCUCGCAAUGACCUGAACGUACUGGAGCAUGUCGUCACUCUCAAGGAAGGAGAGGCACCCAAGCCUCCUCGGGUGGCCGUGGUGGACUCUAAGCCGAGCACACUGGUACUGAGGAUCGAGCAUCCACGUGACGAGCCACUCCAAGUGGUGGGCUUCCGCAUCGAGUACAAGACCGACAAAGACUCCAGCUGGGACAGCGCCGAGCACCAGGAGUAUGAUACUGGAAAUGGUAUGCAGUACGUGUUGCGAAACCUGAACCAUGACACCAGCUACGCCAUACGCGUGUCGGCGCGCAACGCGGCAGGCUACGGUGAUUUCUCGGACGAGAUCUACCACCGGACCAAGGACCCGCAGCACUACACGCAGUCCAACAACAAGCCUGCCGGCGUCGCCCAAAUCGCACCCGUCCUCGCCUCGUUAAACUGUUUGCUCUUGCUCAGGCUUUAAUGAGCAACUCUGUGGGGAAAGAAAAAAGGGGAAGGGGUUAACAUAGAAAAGGGAGUCAUGUUUUCUCCCUAUUACCGGAACUUAUUUUUGCUGCCUCUAAAGGACCUUAUCCAUGCGGAUGACUGAUGUAGUGGGCAAUGACAAGUGAUGGCGACCUUCAAUUUCAGCCCUCAUUGAGCAUCAGAAUGCUUUGGCUGAAGAAGCUAGGCGCUUUAGUGAGGCAUCCUAAGCUGAGUCUUAAAUCGUUUCAACCGCAAGAGAUCCAACAUUUUGAAGAAUGAUGGCGAUCAGAGUGACGACUACAAGCUUUUCAUUUGUGCAUUAUAGCAACACUGAAGUGCUGACCUGCAGUCUCAGCUCUCGUAGUAUUGCAGAUUGUGUGCGAUGUGUGCUUUGGUGCUUGCUAAGUGGAAGAGCGUGUUGUGAUCUCUCACACCGCAGAAUAAUCGGCAACACUAAUGACGCUUUAGAGUUAAGCUAAUGCGGGCGCUCAGAACUGCUCCGAUAGAGACCCGAUGGAGGCCAGCGCCAGUGUCGGUGGCAUUACUGAUCCCCACGCGAAGACCGCGAGAGCACUUUCAGAGCAGUUCUGAGUGCUUCUUACUGUCUUCAGGAAAGUGCCAUAGAUGUGACUACUUAAGAUAUGAUCCUCAGCUAAUAGGUCGCGGAGAAUCAAGCUUCUGUAUGUGCUCACUGAAGGAUUUCAAGGUCGCACACUUCCAUAAGCAGGCAUGCAGUGCUACAUUUCAGUCGCCCGCUGUGAAAGAGGCAAAAGGUCAGCUAACGAAGAAAACUAUGAAUGUCUGUGACAUAUUUCUUAAAAUUUCAAAUCACGUUUGCUUUUAUUUGUUAGCUUUGUGGUCUUAUUAGUUCUACUGCAUGAGAGAUUGACAGCUGCCUGUAUAGGACAUUUCACCAAGAGUAUUAUUAGACACUUGUAUGAAAGACGUUUAUUAUUAUUAUUAUUAUUAUUGUUUCAAUCAUCACGAGAGAGACAUUUUUUACAUUACCAAGUGAUCCACCAAGGCUUUGCUUAGAGUAGCACUUAACAUUCUGUUUCGCAAGUCAAAACCUUUAUGUACGUUUGAUUUGCCCCUCUUCUACGUGAAGAAGAGCACCAACACUCAAGGCUAACUUUCCAGCAACGUAAAGCGAACGACCAAGAAAACACUGCAUUUAGUUUUCUUUUUGCUUUUCCCGGGGUUCAUGCGGCGCUCGACACCACUUUUCAAGUGCUGCGGAGCGCUCUGGGCAGUGCACCUUCACUCUCUGUUACAGUCAUCAGCUUGAACGAAUUUAACAUGUGUGUACGUGUGUUUGCGUGUGUGUUUUCUUGUGCAACAAAAAGUACUGUUGACUGGAACAGGCUUCUUGCCUUCUUAACUACGACAAGCAUGCAUGACCGUGUAUACGCCAUAAAAGAAAAAAAAUCUCAUUGGUUGUCGUCGAGAAGCGUGUAACUCGUCUUAAAAGUUCAUUGUUCUUUAUGGCUUGUAACCUUGUAGAUGUUCUUCCAUAACACAGAUCUCUCUGUUGUGUACGUGGUUUUUCACACAAGUACAGUUCCCAGUGGUGUCUGGCAGCGGCUUGCAAGAGCUGUGAAACCACCUGCAGCGCGUCACUGUGUGGAAUUUAGGUGUUGGGUGUUGUUCGUGACUUCUUUCACAGAUGUGGGAGGAUUGAACAGAAUCUCCACUUUUCACUGGCAUCCCAGGAAAUGUGCUGUUAUAUCUAGUGUUCUCUUUCUUUUGUUCCAACAGCCUAUCUCUGAGAACCAGGAACGAGCUAUUAUCUGCUGCCUCCUACCUGCAAAUGUUUUCUUUCAGGUGGGUUUGCUAUAUAGGAAAAAAGCUCCAUCCUCUUCUUAUGCUAGUUCGGGAGCCACGAGUGCAUAAAAAGUUUGGGAACAGGUAGCCAUAAUUUUUCUGUGACGUAACGUGGCUCAUGGAGUGCUAUUAACACUCUGUAAUUAGCCACUUGUGCCGACUCUAAACCAUGAUAGCGAUAUCACUUGCGUAUUGAAGACAAGCAUGUAUGAUACUGUCAUGCCUCCCGUUGGAAGCACCGAUGGUUAUUGCGAAACCAGGCACGUCAGAGCCCCGAUUACAGGUGUGGCUAAAUUAUCUGUAGUUCGGUCUAGGGGUUCCUGCGCUGUGCUGCUCACUACAGGAAAUCCGUUUUCAAAACCUAGGACUGGCCAUAAUACUUGAACUAUACGCACUUGAAGAGUGAGUGUUUUCUUGAGUCUCAGCUUGCACUGAAAAAACGUGGACUUAAUUUCACUGCCACCUUUCCCUGUGCGACAGAUUCAAUGCAUGCGUGAGCGCCCAUCAUUGCUCGAAAACUGGCCUCACUGCAUGAUUUAAACCGCGACACAUGCAAUGCCACGAUGCACAUGCGCUGAAAAAGCACUGUCUCUGUUAUUUUUCGCACUUCCCUUCAUUUCUGGCAAGCCUAGAUAGAGUAACCUAAGCAACGAACGGUGCGGAAUGCUAGUAACUAUUCACCUCUGAUGAACUUCUGCUCAAGCACUGCUUUUGGGUAUCUGUCACGCAGGGGUGCCCGAACAAUUGAAGGGGGUGCCCAUGAAGUGCGAUUAUGUGGUGCCAUCCUUUCGCUAGUGAGUCGGAUCGCUGAACUGCGUGUGGUGCAGGAUCUAUUUGCGAGACAGCCAGACUUAGAUGCCUCCAAAUACUGGUGGCUAGGAAACCGUUGACCCAGGCUUCCGUAAAGAACGCGACGUUUCUUUUCGUUAGGUGGCUUACUUUCGCGGAUGUAGACUUUGAACGCCAUCACUGCGGCCUCCAGAGAGCCAGUUGGCAGAGGUUGAAGCAGACACAUAACAUGGAACACUGGUACCAGAAAUGCGUAAAGGGCAAAACAACUUCGCUUCUGCACAUAUAAUGAUCGAACUCAGUCAGUAGUUCAGCAAACACUUGUUGAGUCAGGUAGUGAUUAGAAAAAAAGUGUUGUGGUCACUGACCAAGUCAAGUCAAUGAAUGUUACGAAACCCAUACGAGUUGUGUGUCCACAAUACAGCAGAUACUGGGUCAUCGUCAGUUUAAGUACGCAGCGCAUGACGCAGCUGUCGGGAUCUAGGCCCCGAGUUUAUUUUAGAUCGUUGGGUCACGCGCUGCGUAUUUGAACCGACGAUGACCUAGUGCAUGCUGCAUUUAGAGCAUCUCAAAACGUUAACGUUCGACUUGGUCAGUGACCACAACUUUUUUUUUCUGUAGGUGAUUGAACUGUCGGUAAACGCUGCAGCUUGACUUGAAAAUGUACGUCAGCAUUUGUCUUCUUCUGCGUUCAGGCGCUGACGCAGAAGAAAGCAAUGGACAAAUGAACAAGUGUAGCUUUUAGCUGAUACGGCGCAAGAGAUGCGCUUUGUAUUGAAAUGCAUCCCCAUCGAUUAGUCACUGCAGCAUGUUGAAAGCAUUAGUGUCUGUUCUACGUGAGUUGCGCCUCGUCGUUUACUCAUGUUUGACUCAGGUGUGUUUAUAGAGGGUGGAUAAACGUUAGAAACUGUUUUAAAAUUACAACACCGAAAAUACGGCAAUUUCAUAUCGGAAUACAACCGUUCAGGAAAUUGCUACCUUUUAAGUGUCGAUUACUCAGGCAUUAUUCCUAAGGUAAAUGAAAAGGAAAUGCAAUUAAUGUCAACAAACUUUUUUUUUUCGUUGUCUGGGUCGAGCUUGUUAUUUUCUCUAUCUCUCACUAGAGGUGCGGCCGUGUGCGCUUUUGCGUGUAUACUGUGAAAAUGCUGCAUGUAUAUGUGAUGAUCGCCGGGUGCCGUGUGUUUCGAGGUUGUUGAGGGUUGGAUGCCUAUUUGUUUGUGGGAGCCGAUGCGCUGAGCUGCUUCCCAGCUGGGGCGCCGGUUGUGACGCGACUGUGUGCUCUGCGGAAGUGUUGUUCUCUCAUUUGUUUCUCCGUGACAGGUGUGCGUGAAAGGCGGCCGCGUGGUUUCUUACGCUGCUUGUCCAAGCAGCGAUGUUUGAAUGUGAACGGGGCUAUAUAGGGGAAAACAUAUGGGGCCGGCGAAAGCCGAGAACUGAUGUCUCUGGUGCAGAUAUUGAAGAAAAAAAAAAGGAAAAUAUAUUGUUAGUUGUUCUCGCUGUAAAAGCAUGAAGCCGUGCAAGACUGUUUUAUGUGUGUUUCUCAUACUUGUAUAGUGCUGAAAAGAUUUGUAUACUAUACAUGGCGAUUUAAAAGGUAUAUUAUAUAUAUUAUAUAUUACAACUUGGUGAGCAUCCUUAAGUGUCCCUUUUGCCAGCUGUUUUUGCGUUGUAGCAACCUUCUUUAACCUCUGUUCCCUGUUUUUAGAGACAUUCUUUUAUAGCUCUUAACUCCUUCUUUAGCUACAUCUUGCCUGUAGAUGUUUCUCUUCUGUUUUACACAUGCAUGUAUAUCUCUUCAGGUGCCAAUUUGACUGUCUGUAUACAUUCCCGACAUGAGCAGUUUGUUUCAGACUUAAGUAUUUGCGCCUUUCUCUUGUCAACGUUUGUGUUUCGUGACCUUUUUUUCUUUGCCUCGCAGUAUUGUGCCUUCGUUCGAGCUUCUUCAACGAAGUCUUGUAGAAAUCCUGGCCACAGUUUUUUGCGGUGCAUAGCUGUUACUUUCGGAAUGAUGUAUACAUCUAUGUGUUAUGUAAAUAAACAUGUCUCUCAAAGACUGCA